AUGCGCUACUCGUACAAUGCCCCGACUGCACCAGCGCGGUGGAUCCUGCUCGCCGUCGCCGCCUUGACGCUCUUCCUCCUCCUGCGGCCAGCGCCCCCGAGCGAGACGGGCGAGACGGAGGACGUCUCCGAGAUGCUCAAGAUGUACCCGACGGCGAGCGAGGCAGAGACGGAUACAGAGGUGCUCGGCAUCGGCAGACACAGCGCGACCGUCAUCUUCCUCCAUGGACUGGGCGGAUCAGCAGCGAUGGUGUUCCCUCUCAUGGAGGUCAUCCGGCCAAAGUUGUGGCAGGUGUCGUGGUUGAUGCCCAACUCGCCUCUGCUUCCCAUCACCGCGGCAGACGGGAAAGUCGGGCCAGCCUGGUUCGAUAUCGACUCGUUCCCCGAAAAGACCGACUUCGACCCCCCUCUUCCAACGCACGAAGACGAAGUCGCGAUGAAGAAGGCUGUCGACCGGGUACACGCGUUGAUCCAGGGCGAGCUGGACAAGGGAAUCGACUCGGAUAGGAUCGUCCUGGCUGGGUUCUCGCAGGGUUGCGCGAUUAGCUUGUUGGCGGGCUUGUCGUCGAAGGAGAAGCUCGGAGGGCUGAUGUGCAUGUCGGGCUGGCUCCCGCUUGCGGAUCAGAUGAAGAACGGGAAGCACCCUUACCAGACACCGAACGCGCACAACUUGCCGGUCUGGAUGGGCCACGGCGACGCAGACCAGACGAUCCGACACGGCUGGGGACUGAAGACGCUCGAUUUGCUGCAUGGGAUGGGCUUCAAAGACGUCGAAUUCCACACUUACUCUGGUCUCACGCACUGGACUCGCGCGGACGAGCUGCAAGACAUGCGGAAAUGGCUGCAGAAGCGGCUGCCGCCUACAUAG